AUGAGCUCUCCUCUUAGCGAGACUGUUGCGCUCAUCAUCUUCAACGGCGAGGAGGACCUGCUGAGUCGGUUUGAAGACAUGCGAAACCAGUUCGAAGAAUCAUGGGCAGACCUCAUCGUACCGAAUGGCCAUUUUUGGGGACGAGGGGUAGAGCGCCCGAAUCGGUUUUACUGGAUCGUGUUCUUCAAAUCCGACGCGACGCUCUUGCAAUACAUCGAGCAUAGCGCUCGGCCGUCCUUCCGAGAUCGUAUACUCAAGAUGGCAUCCGACCUAAUCGUCUUCUACGGUCUACAUACCCGCCCGAACAUGCGGGCACUCUUGCUCGCACCAGUCGUGGAAGUGACGCACUAUAGUCUCAAGCCUCCCUACACUACCGCCGAGUCCGACGCACAAUGCCAGAUUGUAUCGGAUGCAAUGAUGGUCAGAAAGACGAAGGGGUUGCACGGCUUCUCCUGGACUCUGACGGAGGAGCGUGGUGGGGAAGGGGUGUUCAUCGGAGGGUGGGAUUCAACACAGGACCGAGAGGCGAGUGUUGACUAUGAGGAUCAGGACCUGAUAGACGUACUUGAGAAAGGUUUCAAUUUGACAGACUCCAUUACCAUGAUGAACGUUGUCUUUCAGCCACACUCAACACAAUGA